ACUCACAAUCCUAGGGUUUCCACCUCCACAGCCUUUCUUUCAUUAAUGUUCCAAAUCUUUUUCUAGAGAGAAAAAGAGAGAGAGGCAAGUUUAGAGAUGGCUGUGUUUUCCACUCACAAUCCAUUUGCUUUGGCAUUUGGCAUUCUAGGCAAUAUCACUUCCUUCGUGGUUUUUUUAGCACCGAUGCCAACAUUUUUUAGGAUUUGUAAGAAGAAAUCGACAGAAGGGUUUCAAUCAUUUCCAUAUGUGGUUGCACUCUUCAGUGCUAUGAUUUGGCUAUACUAUGCUUCUUUAAAGUCUGAUGCUUUCCUUCUCAUCACUGUCAACUCGUUCGGGUGUUUCAUAGAGACUAUUUACCUUACCUUGUUCAUCGCUUAUGCCUCCAAGCAAGCUAGGAUGUCGACUCUGAGGAUGCUUCUUUUGUUGAACUUUGGGGGAUUUUGUUUGAUUCUUCUUCUCUCACAUUUCCUUGCAAAAGGAUCAUCCAGGGUUAGAAUUCUUGGAUGGGUUUGUGUAAUAUUUUCUGUGAGUGUGUUCGCAGCACCUUUAAGCAUCUUGAGGGUAGUUAUACGAACCAGGAGCGUGGAGUUCAUGCCAUUUAACCUAUCAUUUUUCCUCACACUCAGUGCUAUUAUGUGGUUCUUUUAUGGAAUACUGUUGAAAGACUUAUAUGUUGCAAUACCCAACGUACUGGGUUUUAUCUUUGGAGUACUUCAGAUGAUUCUCUAUGUAAUUUACAAGAACUUCAAGACGGCGGAGGAGCCAAAAUUACCAGAACACACCAUUGAUAAUGCGAAAUUCAGCACGAGUCUUACUUGCGGGAUUCAAGAAGCGGCAAGCCCCCAGCUAAACGGUGCGGAUAAAGAAGAGAACAUCCAUGAGAAGCAAGACAUGGAUGACCCCAAUGGAGACCAACCAAUUGUAUGCCAAGUUUGAUUGUUUACAUGUACUCAAAUCCUCUCCUGCAUAUGCCCUUUAUAUAGUUUGUGAGAUAUUAUAUAGCUGGAAUCUGUGUCUCUUCUUCUACUACGUAAUUUAUGUGACAUUUUGUAAAAGAUAGCUUACAUUUAUGUCUAUGUAAGUUCAUGUAUAAGCAAAUUAACAGGCAUGGAGUGGAUUGUGCAUGUAUGUUAUUUAUUUAUUUAACGUAUUCAUCAAUAUAUAUUCAACUCUGGAGCCUUUCUUCCACCUGAGAAAAAUUUAUUAUAGCGAGUGUUUACUAGUAAUUUAGCAGUGUGGUGGUUCAAAUUUGCAGCCUUGGCUAUAAAUUGUAAUUUCUGUAGCUCGAUCGAUAUUUACCACGUAUA